AAUGGAUUUGGAGGGUAAACAUGUUGUCUAUGUGGCCGAUUGUGGUGGUAUUGCCUAUGAGACAUGCAAAGUUUUGGUGACCAAGAAAAUUGCGAAAUUAGCAAUGCUGCACAGCGUUGAAAAUCCCCAGGCGAUUGCCCAGUUGCAGGCUUUGAACCCUAAAACUCAAAUUUUCUUUUGGAAAUUUGAUUUCACAAUGUCGAGGGAAGAAAUGCAACGCUACUUUGAAGAUGUUAUGAUGCAAAUGGAUUAUAUUGAUAUCAUGGUAAAUGGUUCGACGUUGUGUAAGGAACAGGAUAUCGAAGCUACGAUAAAUAUCAAUUUGACAGCACCCAUAAAUAUUAUCAGUUGUGCCAUGGCCUAUAUGGAUAAAAAUAAAGAGGCGGGGCGUGGUGGUAUGAUUGUUAAUAUUAGCUCGGUUACGGGUUUGGAUCCAUCGCCCGUCUUUUGUGUCUAUAGUGCAGCGAAAUUUGGCGUAAUUGGUUUUACAAGGAGUUUGGCGCAUCCCAUCUAUUAUGAGAAAACCGGUGUGGCUGUCAUGGCCAUUUGUUGUGGUCCUACCAAGACAUUUGUCCGGCAUACGAUGAAAGCAUUUUUGGAAUAUGGUCAAGAGUAUGUGGAUAAAUUAAAAGGGGCACCGUGUCAAGAAACCGCAGUGUGUGCACGCAAUAUAGUGCGGGCCAUCGAAAUGGGUUCAAAUGGACAAAUAUGGCUGGCCGAUAAUGAACGUUUGGAUAUUGUUAAGCCGCAGCUCUAUUGGAAAAUGUCCGCGGAACUUGUUGAGUAUAUGGAGCGUUAAGCGGGACAAGA